GAAUAUAAUUGUGAAAUUUAGAGGUGUAUCUGAAUUAAUUUUGACCUAUAAUUUCGAAAUCAUUUAUUUCAUACGUAUUUACUUGACAAUAGAAUUAUCACUAGUUGGGUGGGAAUGUAAGAACACAAAUGAACUUUCAUGAGAUACAUAUUAAACAUACGUACUUUCAUAUUCUGGCCUUUAUACAACAACAAAUCAAUUAGCAGAGGAAAAAAUCUAAAGACCAAUUAACAUAUAUUUAUGAAACAAAUUAAUCGCACGUCUAUGAAAAUUUAAAAUGUUGUUAAUUUUUUUUUCUUCCCUGGAGAUGUAAAUCUAUUAAUAAGUAAUCGUGGAAAAAGUCAACAUGAAUGUCUUUCACCAAACUCCUCCGAAAACCAAGAAAAACAAGAGAAUGGAAAACUAUAGAACUACAAAUUGAGAGGAAAUUUCGUGGCCACAUUUAAAUCCAAUUAUCCAAUAUAGAAUUACAAACGAAUUUGCCUCUCCAAAGUUUGAUUAAUCCAAGUUUAACAAAAAAAAAAAAAAGUAAAAAAGAAGAAGUUAAAUAUACCUAUAUAUAAGUAGUCUGUACUUAAACAUUUUUGAUACCUUGAUUAUGAGAACAUAAACAAACUAAAUGGAUACUUUACAUUGUCGUCAUAAUCAUGGCUUCAUUUUGAUUCUUCUUCUAUUUCAUUCAUCUCUGUUUAGUUUAGCUUCAAAGAUCGAUGUUUCUGAUGAUGCACGAGGCAUCAGAAUCGACGGUGACCAGAAACGUUUUCUCACUAAUUCUCCUCAACAUGGCAAGGAACAUGUAGCGUGUACGAAUGAAGAACCUGAUCUCGGUCCUCUGACGCUUAUUUCUUGCAACGAACCUGGAUAUGUUAUUACAAAGAUCAAUUUCGCUGAUUAUGGCAAUCCCAGUGGUACAUGUGGACACUUUAGACACGGCAAUUGCGGUGCACGAGCUACCAUGAGGAUCGUCAAAAAGAAUUGUCUUAAAAAAGAAGAGUGUUACCUUUUGGUUACGGAUGAGAUGUUUGGUCCGAGCCACUGCAAAGGAGCUCCUAGGCUCGCUGUUGAAACCACUUGUACACUAGCUUAGGUUUCAUCAAAUAUAUUGCCUAUAUAUAGAGAUUUCUGAAAGUGUUUUAUUUUCUUUCCAUCUUUUCUCGUUUUGGUCAAGCAGUGGUUUCUCGUUCCUUUGAUUAUGUUUCAAGUGCUUAUACAUAAUCAACAUAUACUAGUCAUGCUUUUGUUUAAACACACUUUUACUUUGCUUCAGUUAUUUAAUUUUUUUUUUUUUUUUUUUUAUUUUAAAUUUCCAUUAAAAAACCAAAGGGGAACAUACAAGGCCAAAAGGCCAACAAAGGCACGCAGGCCCAACAUACGAGGCAAAAGCCGAAAAAAGGGCACGCAGGCCCCAAAUUACAAGGGCAAAGCCCAAAGCCAGGCACGCAGGCCCCAAAUUCAGUUAUUUAAUUGUUUUGAGUAUAAUCUCUCAGACUCAUUGUAUGAGCCGAUGUACCGAUAUCGAUGGUCGACAUGAGCGAUCAUAUAUAUGGGGAUUGGAAGUUGAUUUUUUUUUUGGAUUAAGUUCA